AUGAUUAUUAAUCAAGCCUUAAUUGAUCCUGAGAAUAUCUAUGGAUUGGAGGUUUUAUUCUGCUUGCUUGAACCCCUUUUCUCCCUCCCCCAAUGGUAUAGGUGGGGCAAAAGUGAAAGUAGCUAUUUAUCAGAUACCGCUGGACAAGAACGUUACCGUACCAUAACCACUGCCUAUUAUCGAGGUGCUAUGGGAUUCAUAUUGAUGUAUGACAUCACCAAUGAAGAAUCUUUCAACAGUGUCCAAGACUGGUGCACUCAGAUCAAGACAUACUCGUGGGAGAAUGCCCAAGUAGUCCUAGUUGGAAACAAAUGUGAUAUGGAUGGGGAACGAGUGGUGUCUUUAGAGAGGGGAAGACAACUAGCAGAUCAGCUAGGUCUUGAGUUUUUCGAGACGUCCGCAAAAGAAAACAUAAAUGUGAAAGCUGUGUUCGAGAAAUUGGUCGAGAUUAUUUGCGACAAAAUGGCAGAAAGUUUGGAUAAGGUAAUUUUUCUGUUUUUACAUUAG